AUGAUCAGAGUCGGAACCGGAUACGACGUCCACCAAUUUGCGGACAACCGCCCCCUCAUCCUCGGCGGAGUGAAUAUCCCACACACUCGUGGCCUCCUCGGUCACUCCGAUGCCGAUGUCCUCUGCCACGCCAUCGCUGACGCCAUUCUCGGUGCCUUAGGCCUUCCUGAUAUUGGUCAUUACUUCCCCCCAGACGAUGAAAGCUGCAAAGAUAUUUCCUCUCUUCUCAUUCUUGGGAAAUGCCACGAAUUCUGCAUCGAACAUUCACACCAGAUUUCCAAUAUCGACUCCACCCUCAUCGCCGAGGCCCCAAAGGUCCUCCCGUAUGCCCUAGCAAUGAAGGAAAAAAUUGCUCAAUCUCUAAGCAUUAGCACUGCGCAAAUCGGAAUCAAGGCUACCACCAACGAAACCAUGGGUUUUGUCGGACGAGAAGAAGGCAUCGCUGCUAUUGCCACCGCCGCUCUCUAUCAGUAA